AUGAUCGCUAACCUCUUCCGGGACGAGGAAACAGCAGCUGUCUUUCUUUCGCUUUCUUUCUUCUUUCUUUACGCUUUUAGCUGUCUUUCUUUCGCUUUCUUUUUUCUUAACGCUUUUCGCUGUCUUUUCUUCUCUUUCCUUCUUUUUUUCUUUACCGUCUUCGCCUUUUUCGCUUUCUUUUUCUCUUUUUCCUUUACGCUUUUCGCUGUCUUUCUUUUUUCUUUACUUUUUCGCUGUCUUUCUUUCUUUUUCUUUCUUUCUUUUUACUUCACCUUUCGCUGUUUUCUUUCUAAUUUUCUUUCUUUCUUUCUUUCUUUCUUUCUUUCUUUCUUUCUUUCUUUCCUGCUUACUCGUGUUUCCCUUUAUUCUUUUCUUUCUUAUUCGCUUUCUUUCUUUUUUCUUACUUUUUUCUUUCUUUCUCUUUCUCCUUUCUUUCUUUCUUUCUUUCUUUCUUUCUUUCUUUCUUUCUUUCUGCCUGCCUGCCUGCCUGCUUUAGCGCAGACUUCUAAUAAUUUGUACACGAGAGAUAUCGCACGACGACCCUUUACCGAAUUCUCUCAAAAUAGGCAUUUACGAUGUAGCAUUUAUCUCGACGCGAACACCGACCUUCCGGAAGAAAAUAUAGUAAUAGAUCUAUCUAUCUAUCUAUCUAUCUAUCUAUCUAUCUAUCUAUCUAUCUAUCCGAGUGUGUUCAUUAUCUAUCUAUCUAUCUAUCUAUCUAUCUAUCUAUCUAUCCGAGUGUGUUCAUUAUCUAUCUAUCUAUCUAUCUAUCUAUCUGAGUGUAUUCAUUAUCUAUCUAUCUAUCUAUCUAUCUAUCUAUCUAUCUAUCUAUCUAUGUGUCUGUCCGUCGGCUCAUGUCCAUUUAAAUCUACGUUCAACGAUUUCUUUUCGCAUGAUUUGAAUAUUCACUUCUUUCCUUCAUACGUCAUUCCUACCUUCUUUCACCUGAUUCGUUUCUUCCUUUCUUUCUCUACGUUUGUCGCUGUCUUCUUUCUUUUCUUUCUCUACGUUUGUCGCUGUCUUCUUUCUUUCUUUUCUUUCUUUCUUUCUCUACGUUUAUCGCUGUCUUCUUUCUUUCUUUUCUUUCUCUACGUUUAUCGCUGUCUUCUUUCUUUCUUUUCUUUCUCUACGUUUGUCGCUGUCUUCUUUCUUUUCUUCCUUUCUUUCUCGACGUUUCUCGCUGUCAUCUUUCUUUUCUUCCUUUCUUUCUCGACGUUUCUCGCUGUCUUCUUUCUUUCUUUUCUUUCUCUACGUUUGUCACUGUCUUCUUUCUUUUCUUCCUUUCUUUCUCGACGUUUCUCGCUGUCUUCUUUCUUUCUUUUCUUUCUCUACGUUUGUCACUGUCUUCUUUCUUUUCUUCCUUUCUUUCUCGACGUUUCUCGCUGUCAUCUUUCUUUCUUUACUUUCUCUACGUUUGUCGCUGAUUUUUUUUCUUCCUUUUUUCUCUUCGAUGGUCGAUGGUCGAUGUCUUCUUUCUUUCUUUCUUUCUUUCUUUCUUUUCUUUCUCUACUUUGUCGCUGUCUUCUUUCUUUUCUUUUCUUUCUCUACGUUUGUCGCUGUCUUCUUUCGUUCUUUUCUUCCUUUCUUUCUCUAAGUUUGUCGAUGUCUUCUUUCUUCCUUUCUUUCUUUACAUUUGUCACUGUCUUCUUUCUUUCGUUUCUUUCUUUCUUUUCUUCCUUUCUUUCUCGACGUUUGUCGCUGUCUUCUUUCUUCCUUUCUUUCUUUUCUUUCUCUACGUUUGUCGCUGUCUUCUUUCUUUCUUUUCUUUCUUUCUUUCUCUACGUUUAUCGCUGUCUUCUUUCUUUCUUUUCUUUCUCUACGUUUAUCGCUGUCUUUCUUUCUUUUCUUUCUCUACGUUUGUCGCUGUCUUCUUUCUUUUCUUCCUUUUCUUUCUCUACGUUUAUCGCUGUCUUCUUUCUUUCUUUUCUUUCUCUACGUUUAUCGCUGUCUUCUUUCUUUCUUUUCUUUCUCUACCUGUCUUCUUUCUUUCUUUCUUUCUUUUCUUUCUCUACUUUGUCGCUGUCUUCUUUCGUUCUUUUCUUCCUUUCUUUCUCUACGUUUGUCGCUGUCUUCUUUCUUUUCUUCCUUUCUUUAUCUAAGUUUGUCGCUGUCUUCUUUCUUCCUUUCUUUCUUUACAUUUGUCGCUAUCUUCUUUCUUUCUUUUCUUCCUUUCUUUCUCGAAGUUUGUCACUGUCUUCUUUCUUUCGUUUCUUUCUUUCUUUUUUUUCUUCUUUCUUUCUCACUUGCUUGCUUGCUUGUCGCUUUCUUUCUUUUUUAAGCUUCUAA